AUGCCUGGGAGCAAAGAAGCCGAGCCACAGAGGGUCUUUCCAUUGGCUGGUCGUAUAUUUUCCGAAAGCAGCGGCAGCGGAAGCGAUAGUGACGAUGAGGACGAUGUGGCUAGCAGUAGUUGCAAGACUGCAGCCCCUCCCCGGCAGGGGGAGCAGUUUAGUCCGAGUGAGGCCGUAGAGGAUAGUCAGGGGAACGCGGCGAUUGGAGAUUCAGCUGAGUUGAAUGAGGGGGAGCCUAUGGUAGUUGGCGCAGUACCUGAGGCACCUGAGGAGGAACCCACGGCUACCGGCGGUGCAGCCGAUUCCGCCAAAGGGAAGCCUAAGACUACCAGCGGGACCACUAAGGGGAAACCUAAAGCUGUCGGUGAUGCUGCAAGGAGCCUAACCGCUGCCCCCAGCAAUGUAACCGUCUACAAGACCCUGUACGACCUGAUGUCCGCAACUCCCGAGCUGCGUGCCAUGCUGGGUGUAUUCAACUACACGGGGCUGCUUGGCGUGCUCAAGGAUCCCAACACCAUGAUAACCUGCUUCCUGCCGUCCAGCGAGGUAUACGACAUGAAUGAAUGGUACUCUUGGGAAACCUGGACCAAUCCCGGAGAUCAGAAAGGCCGCUUCGUGUGGGGUCUACUUCUGCAGCACUGUGUUGAUGGACAGAAGGCCCUCACCCUCAACAAGCUGCCCCCGAAUUAUGACUCAGAUAUUACGUACUACGCGGCCCUUCCUCAAACGUGGCAAACAACUUUCGUGAUAUCAAAGAUCAAUGGAAGCACCUACUUUUAUGGCGAGCAAGGAGAACCCGGCAAAAUCAUCAAGGCAGACCUGAAGGGUGGAAAGAGCAUCAUUCAUUUGAUCGACAAUGGCGGCCAGUACCCCACCAUAGCACCUCCAGAUUACUUCGAAACAGCACUGGAGUUCGUUGAAAUGUUUAGAACAAUUGCCUAUGAGGUCUUCUCUGCAAGCUCUCUCCGCUCCUUCCUGGUGGACCCUGCACGGGGAACCGACAUCACCAUCUUCGCACCUCACGAUAAUGCUUUUACUUCUCUACUCAGCCAGCUCGGUAUCACCAAGGCCGCUCUGUUGUCCAACACUCGCCUGGUAGACCUGCUAACCAAGGCCCACAUCAUUAACGGGUCAGCGCUGUUCACGGGGUCAUUCAUCAACUAUGGAGCCCCCAUCAGGCUCAACACAAUGGCUGGACCCCUCAAUGCCACCGCAGACCUAACCAUCUUUCCCAAGCGCCCGAGCUCGGGUCCUGCCAAGGGGGUCAUCCUGUCCAAUCAGUAUGUGAAAGCCAUAGUCAGUGACUACGAUUUUGGCGGCAACGACCGUUUCGGAGAAUCACCCAAUUUCGUGGGGCACUUUGUGGACAAGGUGUUGCUGCCAGUCAGCAUCACUGAGCUCAAAAAGCUCGCAAAGGCCAUGCCCUAGGACUGACCAUCAGGCCUGAUGUAGUAGCUGUUACACAGUACAGCACACAUAUCAACUACAAAUAUGCAUUCGACCACUCGACCAGCACUCAACCAGCAUCUCAAGAGGCCUUUUCAGUGGCCAGCUGGCCUAUAGUAACCACAGCUACUGCUCUUGCUGAUAUGGUCAGAUGGAGAUGCACGCACAUGGCUAAGAUCACAGGGUGUAAUAAAACCAGGCAA